GUUCGUCGGCCAAUCGUGCUCAGGUGGCAAUGUUCAUCACACCACUGCAAUAAAAUUUAGUCCGAGUUCGACCGUCACUAACGCAACAUAAUGACGCGUGCCAAAGCGAUCAGCCUACUGUUCUGUUUCCUGUACGGAUUUGAGCUGGAAAUUGACGGCAAAAAGUAUAACUUUACUUACGAUCCUCAGGAGCUCGAAUGUACGGGCAACGAAACGCACGAGAAGGUGAUGCUGUCGGCAUACCGGCCGAUGUUCGACAGUGACAACAAGCGGGACUACAGCGACGCCCGGUUGAAAAAGUUGUACUCCUUGCAGGAUUUCCUCGACAAUCGGGCUCCGUACGUGACGGUCGGUAUGGACGCGAAGCUGAACAUCCCUUACGGCAAAGCGGUCUGCAUUCCGGAGCUUAACGUGCACUUCCGGCGGAACAUUAAGCUACAGGUGCGGGACACCCACGAGGAUUUAACCGGUGGGGGCUACCGGCGGAUCGAUAUCUGCGUCCGCACCCAGGCGGACAGUUUUGAUGAUAGUGUUAAUCUGCUCGAAGCUAGCGCAGUGUUUUGAGCUGUCAAUAGGUCAGAGUGAAUAAAAUUGCAAAUCUAGCGAACGUG